GCUUGGAUGCCACAGAAGGAGGACUGGGUGCUCUGUAAAGGACUACUCACUGGAAUAUUUCUGAAGUACCUUGUGGAAUAACUACAGUCUCAGAAACUUACUGAGGCCUUCACAGCUCAGCGGAACCACCCUCGUCAGAGGCUAUACGGAGCAAGAACAAUGGAGGCCAGCAGGAAGUUCAUUUGCAGACAAAGGCAAGUCUUUUUCUUCUUUUUCUUCUUGGGCUUAGCUCAGGCGGGCUCUGAAUUUAGGCGUUAUUCUGUGGUGGAGGAAACUGAGGGGAGCUCCUUUGUAACCAAUUUAGCAAAAGACCUGGGUCUGGGGCAGGGGGAACUUUCCAGGCGGGGAGCUAGGGUCAUUUCCAAAGGAAACAAACUGUACUUGCAGCUCGAUCAGGAGACUGGGGAUUUACUGCUAAAUGAGAAACUGGACCGCGAAGAACUGUGUGGUCAGACAGAGCCCUGUAUGCUGCGUUUCCAGGUGUUGCUAGAGAAUCCCUUAGAGUUUUUUCAAGCUGAGCUACAGGUAAUAGACAUAAAUGAUCAUGCUCCGAUGUUCAUGGACAGAGAUAUGUUGCUAAAAAUAUCAGAAAGCAGUCCUCCUGGGACUAAGUUUCCUCUGAAGAACGCUCAGGACAUGGAUGUAGGCCGAAACAAUAUUGAAAACUAUAUAAUCAGUCCCAACUCCUAUUUUCGGGUCCUCACCCGCAAACGCAGCGAUGGCAGGAAAUAUCCGGAACUUGUGCUGGACAAAGUGCUGGAUCGGGAGGAGGAACCUGAGCUCAGGUUAACCCUCACUGCUCAGGAUGGCGGUUCUCCACCCCGGUUUGGCACCGCUCAGGUCUACAUCGAAGUCGUGGACAUCAACGAUAAUGCCCCUGAAUUUGAGCCGCCUUUCUAUAGGGUGCAGAUCGCCGAGGACAGUCCCAUAGGCUAUCUGAUUGUCAAAGUCUCUGCUACGGAUAUAGACAUAGGAGUCAAUAGAGAGAUUUCCUAUUCACUUUUCCAGGCUUCAGAAGAGAUUAGCAAAACCUUUGAGAUCAACGCCAUGACAGGAGAAAUUCGACUGAAAAAACAACUUGAUUUCGAAACAACUCAGUCUUAUGAGGUCAAUAUCGAGGCCAGAGAUACUGGAAGUCUUUCUGGAAAAUGUACCGUUCUGACUCAAGUCAUGGAUGUGAACGACAAUGCUCCAGAAGUCACCAUGUCUGCACUUACCAGGCAGAUCCCUGAGAACUCGCCUGAGACUGUGGUUGCAGUUUUCAGUGUUUCAGAUCUUGAUUCUGAAGACAAUGGGAAAAUAAGUUGCUACAUUCAGGACGAUCUACCUUUUUUCCUUAAAUCUUCCAUGGAAAACUUUUAUACCCUAGUAACAGAGAGACCGCUAGACAGAGAGACCAGAGCAGAAUACAACGUCACCAUCACCGUCACGGACUUGGGGACACCCAGGCUGAAAACCGAGCACAACAUAACCGUGCUGGUGUCCGACGUCAACGACAACGCCCCCGCCUUCACCCAGACCUCCUACACCCUGUCCGUCCGCGAGAACAACAGCCCCGCCCUGCACAUCGGCAGCGUCCGCGCCACAGACAGAGACGCGGGCGCCAACGCCCAGGUCACCUACUCGCUGCUGCCACCCCUCGACCCGCACGUGCCCCUGGCCUCCCUGGUGUCCAUCAACCCGGACAACGGCCACCUGUUCGCCCUGAGGUCCCUGGACUACGAGGCCCUGCGGGCGUUCGAGUUCCGCGUGGGCGCCGCCGACCGCGGCUCGCCCGCGCUCAGCAGCCAGGCGCUGGUGCGCGUGCUCGUGACGGACGACAACGACAACGCGCCCUUCGUGCUGUACCCGCUGCAGAACGCCUCGGCGCCCUGCACCGAGCUGGUGCCCAGGGCGGCCGAGGCGGGCUACCUGGUGACCAAGGUGGUGGCGGUGGACGGCGACUCGGGCCAGAACGCCUGGCUGUCGUACCAGCUGCUCAAGGCCACGGAGCCCGGGCUGUUCGGCGUGUGGGCGCACAACGGCGAGGUGCGCACGGCCCGGCUGCUGAGCGAGCGCGACGCGGCCAAGCACAGGCUGGUGGUGCUGGUCAAGGACAACGGCGAGCCGCCGCUGUCGGCCAGCGUCACGCUGCACGUGCUGCUGGUAGACGGCUUCUCGCAGCCCUACCUGCCGGCCCCGGAAGCGGAAGCGGUGGACGCGGCCCCGGCCGCCGCGCUCACCGUCUACCUGGUGGUCGCCUUGGCGUCGGUGUCGUCGCUCUUCCUCUUCUCAGUGCUGGUGUUUGUCGCGGUGCGGCUGUGCAGGAGGGGCGGGGCGGCCUCGGUGGGUCGCUGCUCGGUGCCCGAGGGCCCCUUUCCGGGCCACCUGGUGGACGUCAGCGGCACGGGGACCCUGUCCCAGAGCUACCUGUAUGAGGUGUGUCUGAAGGGGGGCUCUGGGACCAGCGACUUCAAGUUUCUGAAGCCAAUUGUGACCAAUUUUCAGGGCCAUUCCCCUGGCCCAGAUAUAGAAGAAACCCCCAACUUUAGGAAAGAUUUUGGUUUCGGUAUUCAGUGACAGCAAUUGUUUUUCACGUUCCAUAUAUUUUAAAUUGAUGAUACUUCAAGGUAAUGGUUUUUCUGGCAACCUAUCAUGAACUUUUAAACUACAUUAAACUUGCUUGCAAAUUUUGUUUUAAAGAAAGGUAUCUUUUCUUCAUUACUGUAAUAAUAUUAAUGGUCCUAAAUCUUGCCUCUCAAAACACUGUUGAAGUCAAUAAAUGUACAAGUCCUUCUGGAAUAGCUUAGAAAUGUGUUAGGAAAAACAACAGCAGGAAAUUAAUUCUAUAUAAUCAGUUAUAUUUCCUUGAGUUUUUCUUAUUAGUUUUUAAACCAUUAAGUACAUAAGAGCAGUACUGCACUAACACACUGAAGCAUGCCCAAUCAGGAAGGAGAGAGAACUGGUACAGUGAGACUCUGGCUCUUACUUUAUUCUGCUCUCAUAGCACUUUAAUCUUAUUUUCUCUUAUUAAUUGUGCUUCCUUUCCUUAAUAUACCAGUGUUAGUUUUAAUAUAGUUAUUGUAAUUGCUUUCCACUUAGUUUCACUGGUGUAAAAGGGGAGAAAAAGCUACACUGUGUUUAUCCAGUGUGAUGAAAGGGCAUAGUAGGAAAUUGGCUUUUCCCACUUGAGAAACAUUGGUCAUCUUGUGACAGAAAAUGCAGUAGCUGUCCAAUCUCCAUUCAUCUUUUCUUCUUUGGUAACACACUCCAAAUUUCAUUUAGUGCAUUUGUGUGCUUAGUCAAAAGAACAUGUUUUCCCAGGCACCUUGGCAGCUAAAAUGGGACAUUUGACUACAUGUAUAUGCAAAUGUUGUUAGACUUCCAAGAAGGCCAUUAAAAGGGAGGUGACUCAUCUAGGAAGGGGUCCCUUUUUGUCCUUCUCUAACUGCUUCUUGCUGCUUGGAAUGUGGGAGUCUUGGUUGGAACACAAUCAGUCAUAUUGAGCCAUAAAGCAACACUAAGGAUGGAAAUAAUGGACCAAGACAGUCAGUAUAGAAUAAACUUUAAAGAGAUGAGGAUCCUUGAUAAUCACAGUUAUCAUGUCAUCCCUGGAUUGCUCACUUCUGAGCUUUUUUUGCAUGAGAAAUAAAGGAACUUCUAUCCCAUUUAAGCCACCAUCAUUUUAGUUUUGUGCUACCUCCAGUGGAAUCCAAUCCUAAUGCUUUCACAGUAAGAUUUUUUGUUAAAAUGUUAUGUAAUACGG